AUGCGUUCCGUCUUCGCCCUCAGCAUUGCCGCCUUCACUGGCUUGGUCGCUGCUCAGGACACCCCCCAGAUGAGCUACCCAUACACCAUUGACCCCGACACCGUGCCCCAGUCUGAGAGGGAUUACUGGUGCGACCAGAACAGGGCACAGUGCCCGCUCAUCUGCCUCCAACAGCCCGGUGUCGACUCUAUGACCACCGAGCAGAACGACUGCGAUUCCGACGCUUUGACCUACACCUGUGUCUGUGACAACGGUGUCUCUCCCAACAUCACCCAGUACUCGCAGACCCUGCCAUACUUCAUCUGCCAACAAUGGGGAAACAACUGCGUCGCCAACUGCAACGGUGACAGCACUUGCCAGAGCGCUUGCCGUGAGGACCACCCAUGCGGAGCCCAAGACCCCUACCGCGGUAACACCUCUCUACCUACCACCAUGUCUUCCACCGCCGCCCCGACUGGCUCCAACGGCGCUGCUACCAACACCAUCCCCGUUACCGGCUUCGGCGGCGGUGCUGAGGAGACCGGUUCCAGCGACAGCGGCUCAUCCGACCAAGGCGGUGCUGGCUCCAUCUUCAUGCCUAACGCCGGUCUUGGUCUCGCUGCCGUCUUCGGCAGCGUCUUCUUCGGCUUCGCCGUCCUCUUGUAA